UUUGGGGUCACGAUCUUGUCAGUUAGGGCCAGGGCGUCACCUAAAGCACACUUGCUUCUUGACGAUAUCGGGCUCCAAGCUCAAAGUUCCGUUUAUCCUACAAAGUCGUCGUGUGUCAGGAGUGGGGCCCACUCGUGUUGAAAUAGAGUGAGAAGAAGGAUCAAAUUUGACAUUCGAUCCCGCAAAUCUGACACCAGUUGAGUAGAGCUGAGUAGAGGAAAGAGGAUCAUUGUCAUUGCCAGUGGGGUGAGCUUCGCCUCUUCAGUUUAAGGCUUCACGGGCUUUAACAAAGAAUCAGCCAGCAGCUCGAAAAAUGUGCAACAGAGACCAGAAAUGAGGAUCAAAAGCCUGUGUGGAAGGAGAAACCGAUGAGGAGGAUCAACGAAGCCCGCUCUUCCUCGCCGUUUCAGGGCUACUGGACUCUCUCUGCUGUUGCUAUUGCUAUUGCUCGUGUGAGUGGUGGUGGUGGUGGUGGUGACAGUGGGUAUGGUGGUGGCUUCUCUAUAGCUCCACCAACACCGGAAAUCUGGGCAUGAACGUCGGUGCCGACGGGAUCGCUCCCCUGAUUCCUCUAUUGAAUGAUGAGUGACGAUUGAUGGAGUUCAAACAAUUUUUUGAGCCAAAACAUGACGCUAGUUCUCCAGUGUUUAAGGAAAGUAAGAAAUUAAUGCUAAAAGUGGCCAACAAACCACCAAUAAUGCCAUCCCCAGCUCGUGUAACCCCUGAACAGUGAAGAUUUUCGCCAUGGCAUCGUGCGCCUUCAAAGUGAACGUGAUCAAGGAGGCGUCUUUUGGUUUGGAUUAGCAUUGACCAGAAAUUACUAAGAGGGACAAGCACCAGAAGUGAGAAGAAAAGAAAGAAAGACACGGAAAUGGCCUAGCCAAAGAGAAUACGGAAGCUCCGAUCUCGAGAUGACUUGGAAAUUCCGAGCCCUAACAAAAUGAACAUGAAGACAAUCAGAGUGUCUCAAUUCGCACAUGAUGAAUCGGAAAUUGAUCGCCGCGUUGUUGUAGAGGCACUCUUUUCAUAUGAUGUGACCAUCGUUCGUGAUUGAAAAAUAGGAGUCAGCCAUCAUCUCCCAAUAUCGUCGUCAGCCAUGGCUGCCAAACAAUAUGUCAUCAAUUUUGAUGAGGUCCUGCCUCACAUUGGCGAAAUGGGUCGCUAUCAGUUGGGCCUCUAUCUACUCAUGUGUAUCCCAGCCACCUUGCCAGCAGCCUUUUUGGCCUUCAACCAAGUAUUUCUUUCGGCAGAGCCUUUGCAUUGGUGCAAGGUUCCGGAACUGCUAGCCCACACGGGGACAGGGGCCUCCACCCAAUUAGACUUGGAUCAUAUCAAACGCUUGUCCAUUCCCAGGAUCAAUCUGGGUGAGGGGCGGGAACACUACGUCCUCUAUAAGCGAUGCUAUCAGUAUGACGUGAAUUUCACCGAGGUGUUCAUUCAAAAUGGCAAACAAUGGCCCGAAGAACCCAAUCCAGAUUGGCCUGAAUCCAAAUGCAGGGCGGGUUGGUCGUAUGACAGAAGUGAAUACAAAAAUACGUUAGUUACCGAGCUCGAUCUCGUAUGUGAUAGAAAUUGGUGGCCAUCCACUUCUACAGCUCUCUUUUAUGUGGGGAGUCUGUUUGGAAAUAUCAUGUUUGGUUACAUCGCCGACAAAUAUGGUCGCCGAACCUCAUUCUUCUGCCUUUUGUUCAUGGAAGUGAGUUUGUCCAUCGUGACCAGCUUCUCUCCCAAUUAUGUCGUCUUCACUGUACUUAGAACCAUCAAUGGGUUCACAUUUCCCGCCAUAUUUCAAAUCCCGUUUAUACUUACCCUGGAGACCAUGGGUCCAGGCUAUCGGACUUUUGCGGGCAUGAUGAUUUGUCUCUUCUUCGCCGUGGCCCUCAUGGUUUUGGCAGGAUUGGCGUACAUUUUCAACUCUUGGUUUGAGCUGGCCCUCGUCACUUCUGUUCCGUUCGUGCUGCUUUUUAGCUAUUGGUGGUUUGUACCUGAGAGUCCUAGGUGGCUUUUGAGCUACGGAAGAAUUCAAGAAGCGGAGGUGAUUAUUCAAAAUAUAGCCAAGUGGAACAAAAAGCAGAUCCCACCGAAUUUCCUUCAAGAGUUUAUGGAACAACAAAAGGCUCUCAACCCUAAUCCCACACCACCACCGAUGUCACCCACCACUCAAGCUCGGUCUGAAAAAAGUCCGAGUAUAUUGGUCCUUUUGCUUUACUACCCAGUGGCACGAAGGAAUUUCAUGCUCAUCACCUUCAAUUGGUUUGCCAAUGCGAUGGUCUACAACGGUCUCUCAUUCUACUCAGCCAACUUGAAUGUGAACUCUUUCCUGGGUUUCUUUAUCAGCUCAGCGGUUGAGAUCCCGUCUUAUUUUGUGGGCUGGUACGUUAUGGACAAGUGGGGAAGAAGAUGGAUCUUAUUUGCCACCAUGACCACGGGUGGUAUUGCUGGAAUCUGCUGCUUAUUUGUGCCGUUGGAUGCCUCACCUUGGAUUACAGUCACUCUGGCUAUGAUUGGAAAGUUCCAAAUUGCCGCCUCUUUUGCCGUCAUUUAUGUCUAUGCGGGCGAGCUCAUGCCCACUGUGGUCAGGAGUGAGGCCAUGGGAAUCUCGUCGUUUGUGGCAGGGAUUGGCUUGCUCAUCUUUCCUUACAUCAAUAGUUUGGGCAACUACAGUCACGUUCUGCCGCUCGUUAUAAUGGGGACACUCUCGGUUAUGGGUGGUAUUACGGCUCUUUUCCUACCCGAAACAUUGUGCUCUCAUCUGCCCAACACUUUGGAAGAAGGCGAACAAUUUGGAUCACAAUUCAAAAUCUGCAGUUGUCCUCAAAAAAGGGAGCUAGACAUUGUUUCAUUGGAUGGACAUACUGCAACUCUGAACGAUUUGAAGUCUCAUAACGGAAAAGCUCCUGUUGCAGUCUAAAGCAUCUUCAAUUUCUCAAACGUCAAGAUUGAAAAGUGAAAUGGAAAGAGUUGAGUCUGCACCAAGUGAGAUCAAGAACAGAACUAAGAUUGCUUUGCAGUUUCAUCAUUGAUUGAAAGAGAGAUAACCUCGAAGAAAUAACCUCGGCGAAAGAUCAAAUCAUUGAAGCAAAGGGGAGUUAUUGUCUUUAUAGGGAUAUCAAAAUGAUUCCCACAUCCCAAUUUUCUGGUACCAUGCCAGAUUUGCCCUUCUCUUUUCAGCGUAGCUAUUUAGCUAUUUGCCCCUCCCAGCAGCUCAAUUCGACUGAAAUCACCCCCUUCUUGUUCCCCAACCUGUGGCUUUGUAGCUAGUUUUUCUCUCACACGCAAAAGGCUGCAUAGGUAUGUUCAAGGUUUGCGAAAAUCUUCGCAAUUUUGAACGACGUUCAUCCCUUUGUAGGGGUUUACUUGAACAAUUCUUCGUGUACGAUGUAUUUGCUCUCUAUUCACUUGUAUGUAUUACUUCUUCUGUUCCUUAUUACGUCUUCAAUGUUUUUGCUGCAAUUUAAAUCGUUUGAUGUGUCUAUUAUUGUACAUACAAAAGUAAUCAUGUCUGCUCUCUCGUCCCUUACAGUUUAUUGUUUUGACAGAUAUAGAGAAAGUUUCAGUAAUAAAUCUAAACAAACCACA